AUGCGCCUCAAAAAAUCACAAAGGGCCGAGUUCUUCGAGGAUGAUCUCCUUGAAGAACCAGCGCCCGUACGGCUUCCGUCAAAACCCUUCCGUCUCCUCGAUCUACCAUCUGAGAUUCGUGAGCGCAUCUACCAUUUCGCCCUCUUCACCCCGUCGCGGAAGAGCGCCCUGAAAAAGAAUGGGACCGUGGGGGCAUCCGCGAAGAAAAGCAAAGCCUUCUCCCCGACGUCGCACCGCAUAGCGUUGUUUCUGGUCUCGCACCGCAUUCACGAUGAGGCCAGUUAUUAUUUCUAUUCGACUCAAAUUUUUCGGCUCUUCCCAGUGCAGGACUUCGCGCGCAUGCCGACCGUCCGCCAACUCCCCCGUCGCCACCGCUCGUCGGUCACCACAAUCGAGUUGAUUCUUGGGAAUAGCUGGACGGCGCCACCGCGAACAUGGACGGUGAAUCAAGGCUUGGGUCUGCACGACAUGACUCUCACACGCACACUAAAGGUGUUUAUAGAAUGUGAUCCCUCACAGCCGAUUUUCGAGGGCUUCCGCAUCUCCAAGGAAUACUAUACCGAGUUUGCGGGGAGGCUCAUGCGGCAGGUCUUGGAGCGGCUGCCGGGCCUGGUUCAGGUCGAAUUCGAUGCCUAUCCCUCAGUGCACAAGAACGGGUCUUUAAUGAGUCGGCUUUUGCAGGAGACUCGGGACGCUCAGAAAAAAGUGCUAUGGGGCCCAGAAAGGGGUUGGGUAGACGAUGAAGAUGAUUAUGAUGAUCCGGGAGAGGAUCCAGCAGACGCUGCCAUUGAUGGUUUGCGUGCCCGCAACCCAGACAUUGAUGUGUUGACUGACUCACUGCAAAAUGUGAGUCUGGAAAUUGAGACCGUGGCAUCCUAG